CACAAAGCUUCUUCCUCUCUCCAACCUCGUUAGGAUCGCAAGUCGCUACUACCUCCGCUCCAUUCUGCUUUGAAGAUGUCGGCCAUGGCUCUCUCCAAUUCUCUCACCUCUCCUCUCACUUCCCAUUCAUCUUCUCCACUCUCCUUCGCUGUUCCCAGAUCCAAUUUUGUUUCAUUAAAGAGUCUCCGAAGCUUCACCCUCAGCUGUUCCCUGAAUGGCGCAGAGGCGGCAGACAAAAAGAUUCCAAUUGAGAAGAGGUUUCCCGCAUUUCCAACCGUGAUGGAUAUUAAUCAGAUUCGUGAGAUUUUGCCCCACCGGUUUCCAUUUCUUCUAGUGGAUAGAGUGAUUGAAUAUACUCCUGGAGUUUCUGCUGUUGCCAUAAAGAAUGUAACAAUAAAUGAUAACUUCUUUCCUGGGCAUUUUCCCGAGAGGCCAAUUAUGCCUGGUGUUCUCAUGGUUGAGGCAAUGGCACAGGUUGGUGGCUUGGUAAUGCUACAACCUGAAGUGGGAGGCUCUCGCGAAAAUUUCUUCUUUGCUGGAAUUGACAAAGUAAGAUUCCGGAAACCAGUGGUUGCAGGUGACACCUUAGUUAUGAGAAUGACGCUUAUCAAGUUGCAGAAACGCUUUGGAAUAGCAAAGAUGGAAGGGAAGGCAUAUGUUGGAGGUGAGGUGGUGUGUGAAGGUGAGUUUUUGAUGGCUACUGGUAGUUAAUGACCUGCAACUUUUGUUAAUUUUCAUUGAUCCCAGUUGAAUGUUCUCAUUUUGUUCCCUUGAGUCCCAACAAUUUUUUUUUCUGUUUUUCCCCCUGGUAUGGAACCUGGUAGGCAAGCCUUUAAUUUGUGCAAAUAGAACUUAAAUGAGUAUCCUUGCACCCACCAACCAAUAAGUUUUUGUAGUCUUUUGUUUGUUAAUUAAGAGAUGUUUCGCAUUUUUCUUAUGGGAGAAGUUGGUAACAUAAGAUAUUUGAAAUAGCGGCAGUACUCUUUGACAGAA